AUGGCUGAAGCCCUCGCGAUAGUCGCCUCAGUAGUCCAGCUCGUACAGCUUAGUGGACAACUCCUUGCCGGUGGCUAUGGCUUUCUCUCCAGAGUUUCCAAUGCACCAGCGGAAAUCAGAUACCUUUUAACUGAGACUGCAGCCGUCAACAGCCUACUAAGCCAGCUCGAGAUACUAUCGAAUUCAAAAAUAAACCCCGCUCAUGAAAAUGCCCUUCAAAGUCUUAAGCGCCUAGGUGUCUUUCAUGAUUGUGGGACAACUCUAGAGUUUAUACGAAAGGCACUUGCGAAAUGUGAAAAGGGGCAUGGAAAAGAUGUGACAAACUUAACGCGUCGCUUACUAUGGCCGUUCAAAGAGAAAGAGACCAAGGAUGCUUUUGCACGACUUUACCGACUUAGAGAGCUGCUUACGACUGCUCUCCAGGCAAACACUAGGGCGGCACUACAACGCAUCGAAGAAAACCAACAGUGCAUCAUCAAUGAGGUCGAGUUUCUAUCCGAUAAUGCAAGGACACAAAUCAGUCGCGAAGAAACUCAGACUAUCAUGUCUUGGCUCCGUCUUCCGCCCGCUGAUGCCGCCCAAGUGAGCCUGGAUACUGCAUUGAGCUUGCGGACAACUGGUACUGGUGCUUGGUUCCUUGAAUCUAAAACUUUCGAGGACUGGCAUAUGUCCAAUGCUGGAGCAAUUUGGAUCGUCGGCUUUCCCGGGUCUGGAAAGACCCUACUCUGCUCAUCUAUCAUAGAAAGAGUGAGGGUUGCUUGUACCUCACCGACAACUGUCGUACUGUUCUUCUUCUGUGAUCGCCGAGAUAGCUCGAAGCAAACGAAAGAAAGUCUAUUAAUCAACGUCACAAGACAAAUUCUAGAUACAUCUCCAAAAUGCUUGCAGAAAGCAAAAGAGCUUUACGAAGAAAAGCAAAAGCGAAGUUCGGGCCGUACUUUCAAUUCGAGUGAGUACCUUCCAUUGAUAGACUCGUGUCUAAGAGACUUUAGAGAGGUAUUUCUCAUCUUAGACGCACUUGACGAAGCUUCCGAACCAUUGGAGAUUGCAGAAAUACUCAGUCACAUGUACGAGUUGGGAUAUCAACAUGGCGUCAGCGUGAAGCUAUUGCUCACCAGCCGUUUUGACGUUCAGCUAGAGAAACUAUUGGGCUCCAUUAUAUCCAGCCGUGUCUCACUUGUAGACACCACGUUGCCGGAUAUUGAAUACUACGUUAAAGUUGAAAUGCAGGAAAGACUCCGGGAAGGCAUACUGAAAGUACGCGAUAAGGAGUUGAUACCCUUCAUCCAAAGCCGAGUCAGCAAUGAAGCAGGAACGAUUCUCCAAGCCAAGAUGCGACUUGAUUACCUCUCUACUGCACGGAAUGACAAGAGCCUGAAAGGGAUGCUAGAAACCCUACCCAGCGGCCUUGAAAGCACAUACGAAACCAUCCUUUGCUCUCUGGCUUCUCGAUACCCCCAGCGCACAGACGAUAUUAAAGUUCUACUGCGAUGCCUUGUUGCAGCCACAUCGCCGUUAUCUGCAACACAAUUGUCCGAGAUUAUUGCAAUGGAGCCUCGAAAACGACGCUUAGAUCGCGAUGCCGUGAAUACCGAUUCCUUCGAUACACUUGAAGUGAUAGCUCCUUUAGUAACUAUCGACCGAGACAAAAUAAUUGAUGGUAUUCAACUUUCGCACUACACGGUGAAGGAGUAUCUUUGCUCUAAGGCUAUUCUUCAAGGAAAUGCGAAAAAUUUCUAUGUCGAUCCCAGGCAGGCCAACGCAUGGCUCAGCGCAAUUUGUCUCCAGUAUCUCUCAUUCUUCAUUUUUGACCUACCAGUAGAGAGAGACGCAACCAGUCGAGAAUUAGAAGCACCCAGCCAGUAUGAACUCUUACCAUACGCCGCCUUAAAUUGGUUUACCCACAUGCACAACGCUCGAGGUUUUCCUAGAACCGAAGACUAUUACCAGCCAUACCUCAACUGGUUCAUGAAUGGUGCAAAUUGUUACGAUAGAUGGCAGCGAGUGUUCAUUAACUCGUAUCCGCGUCCCCGAGCGCGGUGCCUCUCACGGAUUUGCUUCGCGAUUGAUGCUGGAUUAGACGAGCUAUUCGACUACCUGUAUCCAAACCUGCAAGACAUCAACUGUUGCCACAUUGGUAAUCAUGCAUGUCUGCAUGUUGCGGCAGCGGCAAACCAAGUCAUCAUAUCCCAGAAACUCUUGGACCUUGGAGCAAUCGUGGAUCUCAAAACUCCCGAUAGAGGACUGACUCCUUUGCAUUUCGCUGCCGAAAACGGGUGCCAAGAGACUUUCAACCUACUAAUCAAUCAUGGUGCAGACCCACACGCUAGAUCUAGAUCUGAAACCACACCUUUCUAUCGAGCUGCCCGCGGAGGCUCAAUUUACAUCUUGACGAGACUGAGGGAGUGGGGCAGUGAUGUCAAUGCUCAAACAUGGGAUGCGUGGACUCCGCUACUGGAAGCUGUGGAACAUGGACAUGAAGAUGUGGUCGAUUUGCUACUUCAAUGGGGCGCAGAUCCAUUGAUGCGAAGUAGUCAAGGCUACACUCCACUUAGUCUGGCAAGACUGCUGCCGUAUCACGCCAUUACGAAGAGACUGGAACAAGCGGUAUCACAGCAUCUUGGUGUUAGUGAAGAGAGAUCUUUAACUAUUCGGGAAAAAAAUUGUAGCCAUGGGGGUUUGCUGGAAGAUGAUGUUGAUCUCGAAGGCCCGAACUCAUGGAAACCUAAUUGA